GGGCUUGCAGUUCGCUUAAUUGAAGCUAAUCAGACAGGUGGGAGGACCUUCAAGUUUAAUAUUAAAAAGCCAAGCACUAUAUCCCAGGCAACUAAGGGAAGAGAUAAAUGUCUGAAAGGAGGAAGAGAGCCAGGAGCUCUUCACCUGAUGGAGGUCGCAAAGAGAGGGAGAUCAAGAGAGUGAAGUUAUCAUCAUCAGAUUUCCAAAGUUUAUCCAGAGACAAAUUGGCUUCAAGAUGGAAGGAGCAGGAGUCUUUCAUUGACCAGCUGCUCUCUAAGUUAGAAUCAUCUGGUGCUGAUGAAGUAACCAAACUCAAAGAAUCUGAGAACAAAUUGCAGCUUCGUGUUCAAGAGUCCACUAGGCGAGAAAAUGUGUUAAAUAUGAGGCUGGCCACCAAACAACAAGAAAUGCACGAACUAGCGUCUCAACUGCACGAUCUCAAAGAAGCACAGUCGACUAAUGGCUCUCAGUUACAUCGCAGACUAAUAGACCCCGCCGUGAACAUUGUCUAUGAACGAAUGAAAACACAGCUGAAAGACUACAAAGAUAAAUUGGAACAGGCUCAGAGUGACCUUAGUGCCUGGAAAUUCACUCCCGAUAGUGUGACGGGAAAGAAGCUGAUGGCCAAGUGUCGAAGUGUUAUCCAGGAGAACCAAGAACUGGGCAAGCAGAUCUCACAAGGAAGAGUGGCUCAAUUGGAGGCAGAGGUGGCACUGCAGAUGAAACGAUACGAAGAAAUCAAGAAUUCACAAGACGAGCUGAGUGAGUUUGUCCUCCAACUGGACGAAGAGGUUGAGGGGAUGCAGUCGAAAGUGCUGGUCUUAGAGAAGGAGCUAAGAGAACUCAGAAACUCUGCUGGUGAUGGCGGAGCUUCUCACUCAAAGCCUGCUAAAGAGAAGACUAAGAGUACACAUAAUGGGCCUAUAGAGACAUUUAAGGAUAAGAGGAGUCAAGAUAGCUAGUUAGAUCAUUUUUUGUCUUCUUGCAAUUUUGCACCGAUUUCUGUGCAUAAGUUCUACAUGAUGCAAUUAAAUUUAUGUCAAUAAUUAUAAUUAUACUACUUGA